UCCGCCCUCCCAGGCUCCCGCGACCGCGCUGGGCCCGGCGCCCCCAUGGCGGACCCGAAGCUCGUGGUGGUGUUUGGCGCCACAGGUGCCCAGGGGGGCUCAGUGGCCCGGACGCUCCUGGAGGACGGGACAUUCAGGGUUCGAGCGGUGACUCGGGACCCCGGACAGAGGGCAGCGAAGGAGCUGCAGCUGCAGGGUGCAGAGGUAGUGCGGGGUGACCAGGAUGACGAGGCCAGCAUGGAGCUGGCCCUGACCGGGGCUCACGCCACCUUCAUCGUGACCAACUACUGGGAGAACUGCAGCCAGGAGCAGGAGGUCAAGCAGGGAAAGCUGCUGGCCGACGUGGCCAAGCGCCUGGGCCUGCGCUACGUGGUCUACAGCGGCCUGGAGAACAUCAAGAAGCUGACGGCCGGGAAGCUGGCCGCGGGCCAUUUCGACGGCAAAGGGGAGGUGGAGGAGUAUUUCCGGGAGCUCGGCGUCCCCAUGACCAGCGUGCGCCUGCCCUGCUAUUUUGAGAACCUGCUCUCCUACUUCCUGCCCCAGAAAGCCCCAGACGGGAAGGGUUACUUGCUGAGCUUGCCCAUGGGUGAUGUGCCCAUGGACGGCAUGUCCGUGACCGACCUGGGGCCCGUGGUGCUCAGCCUGCUGAAGAUGCCGGACGCACACGUCGGCCAGAACCUGGGGCUCAGCACCUGCAGGCACACGGCGGAGGAGUACGCGCGGCUGCUCUCCAAGCACACGGGCCGGGCUGUGCGGGACGCCAAGACAACCCCUGAGGACUACGAGAAGCUGGGCUUCCCCGGCGCCCGGGACCUCGCCAACAUGUUCCGUUUCUACGCCCUGCGACCCGAGCGGGACAUCGAGCUGACCCUGCGGCUCAACCCCAAGGCCCGGACGCUGGAGCAGUGGCUGGAGCAGCACAAAGGGGACUUUGCAUGGCUGUGACCCUCCUUGUCCUCAGCCCGGCUGCCUGGCUGGGGGUGGGGCACAACCGCCAUCCUUUCUUGUGUUACAAUUUUCUUUUUUAAUAAAGGCCAUUGUUCUUACAGAUGGC